GGCGCGGGCCGGAGCGCGGCGCAGGCGGCGGCGGCGGCGGCGGCGGCGGCGGCGCGCGCGGGCCCGGACGAGCGCCCGGAGGGGGCGGACGCGGCGCCGGGGGCCCCCAUGGGCGGGUGUGUGGGCGCCCAGCACGAGUCCUCGGGCAGCCUCAACGAGAACUCGGAGGGCACCGGAGUUGCUCUGGGCCGAAACCAGCCUUUGAAGAAGGAGAAGCCCAAAUGGAAGAGCGACUACCCCAUGACGGACGGGCAGCUGCGCAGCAAGCGCGACGAGUUCUGGGACACGGCGCCGGCCUUUGAGGGCCGCAAGGAGAUCUGGGACGCGCUGAAGGCGGCGGCGCACGCCUUCGAGAGCAACGACCACGAGCUGGCCCAGGCCAUCAUCGACGGUGCCAGCAUCACCUUGCCACACGGUGCCCUGACGGAGUGCUACGAUGAACUGGGCAACAGGUACCAGCUGCCGGUGUACUGCCUGGCGCCGCCGAUCAACAUGAUCGAGGAGAAGAGCGACCUAGAGACUCUGGACAUCCCUGAGCCGCCCCCCAACUCCGGGUACGAGUGCCAGCUGCGGCUGCGCCUGUCCACGGGCAGAGACCUGCGGCUGGCGGUACGCAGCACGGACUCCGUGUUCCACAUGAAGCGGCGGCUGCUCGCGGCCGAGGGCGUGGACCCCGGCAGCCAGCGCUGGUUCUUCUCCGGCCGGCCUCUGACCGACAAGAUGAAGCUGGAGGAGCUCAAGAUCCCCAAGGACUACGUGGUGCAGGUGAUCAUCAGCCAGCCCCUGCCGGGCCCCACGCCCGUCGAGAACUGAGCCGGGCUCUCCCGCUCCUCUGACCCUUGUGCUCUCCUGCUCGAUGGCGUGAAAUGUACUUUCACGGCUCUGAAUUCCCUGUGAAUGGAUUUAGUUCUGAGGAAUGACCAGUGAGAAAUUCCAUCUGUGAUGGAGACCAACAAAAAUGAUUAAUAAAAACACAAAGAGCCUGCCUUGGA